AUGCUUCACGAACUGUUCAUCGCCUCCGUUCUUUUUGCAUUCACUCGAGCAGGUAGGACUACUGACUCAACCUUGGUUGCAUCUAACUAUCUAGCUAUUGCUCCAGAUUUCGCCGAGCGUCCUGCGACUUCCAACAGAGGCAUGUGCCCAGGAGGCAUUGUCCCACUCGCUAUUGAUUGUGAUCCAAAACAUCCAUGGCCUCGAUGUCCUUCGCAAACGUACUGCUUCGCAACCGACUCUGUCGACUUGGGUCCCUAUUACUGUUGCCCAAAUCCUCCGACUGAUUCCGACAACCUCAACAAAGUGCCUUCGUCGAAUUCCGCUAGGACCUCUCCUGCAACUCCUCCGAAUCCACAACUACCUCCUUCCAACUCGCUCCAGGCAAUCCCUCAGACAUUUCCUUUCAACUUCCUCCGACCAAAUCCUCAAACGCUUCCUUUCAACUCACUUCAGUCGAAGCCUCAAACGAACAUCGCUCAAUUAGUACAAAGAAACGUCAUUUCGGAGGAACAAUUGCGCAGAAUCAGCGAAGCGAUCGCCCAAUGGCUGAAGAAUCAAGGCAAUGUUAAUAUCGUCAAUCAAAACAAAUAA